CUUUCCACCAGCACCAGCUCUGCCAUGCCCUUCCAGAGGCGCAGGGCGUCCUUCAGGGGGACACGGCCUUCAUCUUCCCUGGAGAGCCCCCCAGCCUCCAGGACCAAUGCCAUGGGUGGCCUCAUCCGGGCACCAGGAGUCUAUCUGGGGAUGGCACCCAAUGCAGGCAUAGGUGGCCUGGGUGCUCGUGUGACCCGGCGGGCCCUGGGCAUUAGCAGUGUCUUCCUGCAGGGCCUGAGGAGCUCAGGUCUGGCUACGGUACCUGCUUCAGAUCUGGAGAGAAGCCACACUGCUGUGGAGAACCUGGGAGGCUGUCUGGUGGAAUAUAUGGCCAAGGUGCAUGCCCUCGAGCAAGUCAGCCAAGAGCUAGAAACGCAACUGAGGACACACCUGGAGAGCAGGGCCAAGCGUUCAGGAGGUUGGGGUGCACUCCAGGCUUCCUGGGCCAGCAGCUGCCAGCAGGUGGGUGAGGCAGUCUUGGAAAAUGCCCGGCUCAUGUUGCAGACAGAGACCAUCCAGGCAGGUGCGGAUGACUUCAAGGAGAGGUAUGAAAAUGAGCAGCCAUUUCGCAAGGCAGCAGAGGAGGAAAUUAAUUCUCUGUAUAAAGUUAUUGAUGAAGCUAACUCAACAAAAAUGGAUCUAGAAAAUCAAAUUGAGAGUCUGAAAGAGGAACUUGACUUUCUGUCCAGGAACUAUGAAGAGGAUGUGAAGGUGCUGUACACUCAGUUGGCCGGCUCUGAGCUCAAACAGCUGGACGUUCCUAUUGGUCCUGGUCUGGAUGGUGUCCUGGAGGCCAUCAGAACUCAGUGGGAGAGAGAUGUUGAAAAGAAUCGGGUAGAGGCAGGAGCCUUGCUGCAAGCGAAGCAACAGGCUGAAGUGGCCUGCACGGCCCCCACGCAGGAGGAGAAGCUGGCUGCUGCCCUCAGAGUGGAGUUACACGACACUGCUUGCCAAGUUCAGAGCCUCCAGGCUGAGACGGAAUCUUUACGGGCCCUGAAACGGGGCCUGGAGAACACCUUGCAUGACGCCAAGCACUGGCAUGACAUGGAGCUUCAGAACCUGGGCGCUGUGGUGAGCAGGUUGGAGGCGGAACUGGGUGAGAUCCGUGCGGAGGCAGAACAGCAGCAGCGGGAGCGUGCACAGCUGCUGGCCCGCAAGAGCCAGCUGCAGAAAGACGUAGCAUCUUAUCACGCCCUGCUAGACAGGGAGGAGAGCAGAUGGUUGCAAUGA